AUGGCCAUUGUGGUUUUUAAUUUUGCGUUAUUGCCAUGUAGUCGAAACAAUAUGUCAUUCGACCAAGAACACCAUGGUUUCGAGAGUUCAUCAGAGGACGAUGACGUUGUUGAAGAUUUUAUGGAUUUCUUGACGAUUGCUUGUAUGAAUGAGUUGUUGAAUUCGGAUUGUAUCGGUGCUAUCGAUGGGACAUUAGUGGAUGCGUGGGUCCCUGCCACAAGACAAAAUACAUUCCGUGGUCGCAAAGCUACGGUAGCGCAAAAUGUACUAGCAGCUUGCGACUUCGACAUGUUGUUCAUAUUUAUCAACUCUGGAUGGGAAGGUAGCGCCCACGACAACGUAGUUUUGGUUGACUCAAUCACAAGAGGUGAUCUGCAUUUCCCACACCCUCUCCAUGGCAAGUAUUAUUUAGUUGAUGCCGGCUUCACGAACAUGCUUGGAUUUCUUGCCCCAUAUCGUUCCCAACGAUAUCGCUUGCAAGAGUUUCAUGGCCGUCAUUAUUUUGGUCCCAAGAAAUUGUUUAACCAUCGACAUUCGUCAUUACGGAAUGUCAUAGAAAGAACAUUUGGUGUUCUGAAGAAGUGCUUUCCAAUAUUGCGGUCCAUGCCAAAUUACAAGUCAACAAGACAAGGACCCCUUGUGAUUGCAUGUUGUGUAGUACAUAAUUGGAUCUGUUUGCAUUCAGCGAUGUACCCAUUGUUCAUGAAAGUUGAUAAUGAAAUGGCGGCUGAAGCAGCUGCAAAGGGGUUUGUUGACGGCGAAGCAAAUUAUGUUGACAUGUCACAACAUGGGUUGACGUACCAAUCGAACUUCAGGGAUGCACUUGCUAUUGCUAUGUGGCAAAAUCAUGGUGGCCAUGGGUAG